AUGGCCAACACCCAUCAAACACUCCCUCCUGCUCUCUGGCCCUCCACAGCCCGCAACAUCUCGCAACACUUUCCGUCGUCUUUGAAGCUUGAUGGACUGACACAACUCGUCGACGUCCUAGACAUGACCUCGUUCGGCACCAACCCAGCCGUCAACGCCUGGAGCGCCCCUUCUGUCGUAGAGCAAGCUCGCUCACAACUACGUACCGCCGAACGCAAGGCCCUCUCCGCCGGCGACACCGAAAUCGCGCGCCAGCUGCGCUCGGAACGGAACAUGCUCACCAAGGUCUGCGCCCUGCCCGCUGAAAUGCUCGCCACCAUUCUGUGGUGGUGCUCGUGCUCUGGUAUCUACACUGGCGACGACGAUGACGAUGGAGACGGCGACGGUGACACGGACAUCGUGCAGCUCACGCACGUCUGCCGGCUCUGGCGCUCGGUCGCGCUCGCGACGCCGCAGCUGUGGACGUAUCACUCCGUGCAUGCCCACACGAAUGUGGAUAGGCUGAAGACCACGCUGGAGCGUGCGAGAGGCGCUUUGCUGGAUCUGGAAGUGGCGUUGGAUGAGCCGGAGGCGUCGAGGUCGGAGGCUGCGGAGGUCGUACGGGGGCUGCUUGGCAGGAAAGAAGGGAUGUCGAGGGUGAGACGUUUGGCGCUGGUUGUUGCGAGGGCGGAGGAUGUGGGAGUGUGUAAGUGGCCUGCGCCGGCACUCGAGAGCUUUGACUUGAGCUAUACGGCUCGUCCGCGGAGAGGUUUUGAAGGCUUUAGGCUGUAUGACGAUGAGGACGAGCAGCGGGAGGGGAGAUGGUUAAGGAGCGGGAUACAUAUCGAGGCGGCGCUCUUUGGUGACUCGAGUCCGGCGCUUCGUCAACUGGCGCUUCAUAACAUUGCCCUACCGUGGACGUCAUUUAUAUUCCACAGCUUGACAUCGCUCCAGCUGUCAGAGAGCCCAACUCUUAUGGAACCGAAAUUGGACGAGCUAUUGACCGCUCUCCACGCCUCGCCGAACCUCGAGUUCCUCGAGCUCUCUCGAUAUUUUCCAUUGAUCCCUAAAGAUGAUGUAUCCGCGCAGCUCUGGGCGACCAACCCCCACGCCGUCAACCUACCACGGCUGGAGCAUCUCAUUAUAUCCAGAGCACCCUUCUACGAGUACGCACAGGUCCUGAAUCAUCUUCACUUUCCGGCGACCGCCAGGGUGCGGCUCGAGUGGGUGCACUUCUCCGGCUGGGGCGGGGAGCUCUUUGCCACGUGUCCUCAGGCUCUCAUGCCGUUGCGGAUUCUCGAAAGGAGGGUCGACGACUCUGCCCCUUCCGCCGCCUCUGGUUUUGACUCGUCGCAUGAUGUGUGUCUCAGUAUCGAGCAAACGCCAGACAGCUACGUGAUCCAGCUACAUCUUCUCCCAGCGGUGGUGGAUGCAGCAGAUGACCAUCCCGACGAUUUCGCAUGGUAUUACCCGUCUUCCGAGCUCCCAGCGCUACCCGUUCUCGACGCCACCUUCCUCUGUCCCUUCGCUCCCUCGGACCCUUACCCGCGCGGCCUGAUCCAUCUCAGCGAUCUAAACCUCCCCGCAGUGCACACGCUGAAGCUCGCAGGGCUUUGGCCUCCCGCAGAGGAAUUUUGGCGCGGCGUGCUGCACCAGGCCACGGCGAUGCGCAGGCUGAGCGUGGGUCUAGAGAAGCCACAGGUUCUGGUAGGGUUGCUGAGAGCGCUCACGCCUAAAGCGCCUUCGUCGACGGCAGCGUCUCCCGAGGGUGUGAUUGCACCGCAGCUUGCUGAGCUGCAUCUCACGGGCGCUGCGAUCAAGAGCGUCGACCCGGGCAUUGUCGUGCGUGUGCUUGAUGCAAGGGCGCGUGCGGGGGUGCGGUUGGGGAAGGUGACGGUCGAUGCGGCACAUGUGGCUCAGGGCUUUGCGGAGGCGCUGGGUGCGGAGCUUGUCGGUGAAGGUGAUCUGAACGAAGAUGAGUCGGUUGUCGACGAGGUGUCUACGAAUGGGGAGGACGAGGAUGAUAGCGAUGAUGAGUUGGAUGGGGAUGAUGGAGAGGCCCAGAGUAAUAGCGGGGAAAGCGACGAAGAAAGAAGUGAAAAUGAGUAG